GAACAUGGAUUGAUAGAACAUGCCUGUGUUGACAGAAACGGGCCGAAAAUUUGUAUGAGAUGUUUGUGCGAAGACUUUAGCCAGUGUAAAUGGAAUAAAACUGGACUUUUUUGUGAAUGCGGAGGAGGCUUUUUCGGCGAUCAUUGUGAAUGUAAAAGCGAAACUAGUCAUUGUAACCCAAACCCUUGUGUCCACGGCUGCUGUAUAGAAGAUGGUGAUAGUUACAGUUGCCAGUGUAAAUCUGGAUGGGAAGGACAGCAUUGUGAUACAGAUAUAAAUGAAUGUUUAUCUAGCCCGUGUGGAGUUGGUUACUGUAUAGAUGAAUUAAACAAGUUUAAAUGUGAAUGUCCGAAAGAUUAUAUUGACAACUGCCAAGGGAUUGAUCGUAAGUUGUUUCUUGACAAUAUGUUUCAUAUUUAUCUUUUUAAGUUAUUUGAAGUUUGCUUAAAUAUUUUAAAAUCAGCCACAGAUAAAUAACAGGUGCAUGAAUAUAUCUAUAGUUUAAUUAAGAUCUGGCCUUUAAUAAUAUAUUUUUGAUCUAUGGAUUGCCUUAUUGUAAAGUAAUAACAGAACAGAACAGAACAGAAAAUUUAUUCAGUCUU